UCCUCCGGUCGCCGAGUGCCUCCACCUUGAGAGUUCAGGAACGGAGGGCAAGCAACGAGAGCGAGAGAACCUCCCGAACGGAACGCCAGCGGAGAACGCGAACGUUCCUCGUCGGAGGCAGCAAUGAGGUGGGGGGGAGGGGGGGGGUACGUUCUGUCGGGUUCGCGAGCGCGAAGGAACCCGCUCGGUGGGGGCGAGCUGUGGCUAGAAGCGAGCUGGUUGCCGUGGAUGGCGAGGUGAUGGGGUGGAUGACUAGGCGCGAGAGGGGAAUCACCAGCUGCCAGGAUGGUGGGGGAUGUACGCUGGGCGUCGUUGGUGGGGGGCGACGCUCUCCUGUCCCCUUGGCUCGGUUAGUUUCUCCGUCGACGCCGCUGGAAGCGGAUCGAGCGUGUUUCUCCUCCUCGUGGGCGAUCUACGCGCGGCGACCUGGUAACGUUUCUGCUGGCUCCGUUAUCUAUCUCGGGACCAGGUGACUCUGCACGAGAUCUCGGAUGAUCACCAUGGCGACUCGAGACACGCGGCUCCGAUAGCACCCCCGCGAUCGCGAUACGGGAUUAUAAAUCGGAGCGGACCCGUGCCGAGCGGGCGAUCGUCGUUUCGGAGUGCAAAGAAAGUUCCUCGUGGAAAAGCUGGUCAUCGUGUUUUUUUGCUUGUGUACCAGGGUGGGGAUAGUUUCUGGUGACUCGCCUCGUCUCGAUUUUCGGAGUGUAUCGUGAUCCUCGGUCCCCCAUCGCGGCAGUGAGACUCGUCGUGGAAGUGAGCAACGUUGAUCGGUGAGGAAUAAUCGUACGCGAUCCAAGUACCAUCGAGUUUGCCUAUCUGUUCGUCACGAUUCGGAGCAGGGGAGCUUCAAAGGACCCGCACUCGAGCCGCGAAGGCUAGCCGUCGGACGCCAGGACAGCGACAGGUCCCGAUCCCGCGGACCGGGGGAUCGAUAAGGAUCGGUUCGCGCGAUCUAUCGUCGUCGCGUCUAGCUUGCUCCGAUUGGAUACCAACGGAACCAGAGUGCUUUUCUCAAGUGUCAGUGACAGUUCUUGUGUGUUUUCCGUUCAAGUUUCGUGCGAUGUACCUCGACCACGCCGUCUUCGUCUUCCAUCUUGCGUAGUCGGAGCUCGGAACUUCACGAUGGAGUGCCGCAAGGGUCGACGGAAAGGUCUACUCAGUGGCCUGGUGUUUGCGUGGCUCCUAACCAGCGGUUGCACCGUCGCGGCGCGAAAUAUAGAGAGGUACGACACCGCGUACGCCUGCGAGGGCAAAACAUUGCUGAUCGAGUGCGGCGAGGGAAAGUUGAUCCAUCUCAUCAGGGCGAACUACGGGAGGUACUCCAUAACGAUAUGCAACGAGCACGGGAACACCGACUGGAGCGUCAACUGCAUGUCGCCCAAGUCCUACCGUGUGCUGAACAACGAGUGCAACAAUCAGCAAAACUGCAGCAUCGUUGCGUCCACGACGCAAUUCGGCGAUCCUUGUCCCAACACGCACAAGUACCUCGAGGCGCAUUAUCGUUGCGUGUCUGCGGCGACGACCGCGACAACGUCCCGUCCGAGCCCGCCAUGGCUCACGACUUCGCAGCCGAGCGUUUGGAGCACAGCUAAGCCGACUGUCAGGCCUCCCUCUAGGAUUACGACACCCCCGGCUCAACAGCAGCCCCAGCCGCCGGCGCCGUCCACCCCGACGCUGCCAAUAACCACCACGUCAAGUCCCACGUCGACGAGGUCCACGAUUGAUAUGGAUAUCGUCGAAGUGGACCAAGACUUGAUACUUCCCGCGAACGUUCCGUCUGCGAACGGUCCAGCGGUGCCUCCAGUCGUUCCUGAAACCACUCAGGCCCCGACGUCGACGACCAUCCCCCCUUGGAGAACGACUCGAAGGACCACUGUGCCCAGCACGCUCUACCCGGAGUCCAGCUCGAACGGGCAAUGGUACGACUACGGCAGACAAGUGUGUCCCCCGAUGAUAGCGAGGAACCUCUCCUGGAACAUGACCAGAGCCGACGACGUGGCCGUUCAGAGCUGUCCCGGCGGUGCCAACGGUCUGGCGCGCUGGAAAUGUCUAGCCAAGGGUGACUCGGCCUUCUGGCAUCGCGACAGUCCGGAUCUCAGCGAGUGUCGAUCCGUCUGGUUGACCACCCUGGAGAAUAGGGUGACGGAGGGGGACGUCAUCCUUGGCAUCAGUCGAGAACUAUCUCAGGUGACGAACAACAGCAGGGGUCUCUACGGAGGCGAUAUGAUGAUCACGACGAAGAUCAUGAAGAACAUGGCGGAGAAGAUGGCCCAGGACAUUAGGACGUACCAGGAUGCCAGUCAGAGGGAGGUCAGCGUCACGGAGCUCUUGCAGGGCGUCGUCAGGACGGGCAGCAACCUCCUGGACAAGGCGCAGAUGGCGUCUUGGAAGGAUCUCAGCCAUCAGGAGCAGAUGAGGGUCGCGACGUCUCUCCUCACUGGACUCGAAGAGAACGCGUUCUUGUUGGCGGACACGCUGAUGCACGAGAAGACGAUCACCCACGAGGGAAGGAAUAUACUGCUGGAGGUGCGAGUGUUGGACGCUCGAAACAUCGGCGACGAUCUCGAAGUCUUCCCCACGGAUGCUGCGCAACAAAGGUGGGCAGCCUCAAACGAUCGGGUGGAACUGACCAGAGGCGCUUUGCUGGAGAACAGUCACGGCGGUAUUGUCCGUCUAGUCUUCAUGGCCUUUGACAGACUCGAGGAGAUCUUGCAGCCGCAAGUCGAGGUAUCGUCGCUGGUCAUGAAUGACGAUCCCCAGCCGCUGCCGAAAAGGAACACGACCAGGCUUCUCAACAGCAAAGUGAUAUCCGCGUCUUUGGGCAAAGGGAGGCACAUACAGCUCAGCGAGCCCGUCAGGGUCUAUUUCAAGCAUCUCUCCAUUGAGAACGUCACCAAUCCGACCUGCGUCUUCUGGGACUACACUCUGAGCGCGUGGUCGGAGGAGGGUUGCCAGAUACGCAAAACGAACGAAACCCACACGGUCUGCGAGUGCAACCAUUUGACGAACUUCGCCGUUCUCAUGGACGUCCACGCCGUCAGGCUGGACAUCGCUCAUCAAGUCGCCCUGCAGAUCAUCACCUACAUCGGUUGCAUCAUUUCCGUGGUCUGCCUCAUCCUGGCCAUCCUGACGUUUCAAUUAUUUCGCGGACUGAAGUCGGACCGCACCACCAUCCACAAAAACCUCUGCGUGUGCUUGCUGAUCGCGGAAAUUUUAUUCGUUUGCGGAAUCGGUCAAACGAAUCAGAGAAUUGUCUGCGGCAUCGUCGCCGGACUCUUGCACUUCUUCUUCCUCUGCGCGUUCGCCUGGAUGUUCCUCGAAGGAUUCCAAUUAUACGUGAUGCUGAUAGAGGUCUUCGAAGCGGAAAAAUCAAGGCUCCGCUGGUACUAUCUGGUCGCUUACGGUGCCCCGCUCCUCGUAGUUGCUAUAUCGUGUAUAAUCGAUCCUCUCAGUUACGGCACCGAUCGAUACUGCUGGCUGCGAGCGGACAACUACUUCAUCUUCAGCUUCGUUGGACCCGUGAUACUCGUUAUACUGGCGAACCUGGUGUUCCUGUCGAUGGCAAUUUACAUGAUGUGCCGGCACGCGAACACAACGGUAGCGAUGAAGAGUAAGGAGCACUCACGAUUGGCCAGUGCAAGUGGAAAGGAAGAGAAUGCUCUUCCCAACAAAUUGCAAGCGCACUUGGCAUGGCUGAGAGGCGCAAUCGUCCUGGUAUUUCUACUGGGGCUCACCUGGACGUUCGGGCUCCUCUACUUGAACCAAGAGUCCGUCGCGAUGGCGUACAUCUUCACCAUAUUGAAUAGUCUGCAGGGGCUGUUUAUCUUUGUGUUCCAUUGCGUUCAGAACGAGAAGGUGAGAAAGGAAUACAGGAAGUUCGUGCGCCGUCAUUCCUGGUUGCCCAAGUGUCUGAGGUGUUCGAAGACGGUGACAGGUGGAUCCGGCGGUUCAUCUGGCACCAGCGGCGGCGCUGGCGGAGCAAACGGCGGCAAGGACUUCACCUCUCACAACACCUCGUCGAACCCGUCAGCGCCGACUACCGACAGCUCUGGAUUGUCGCCGCACACCGCCUCCAAUUACCUGGCGUCCGAUCGAAGCUGGGCGAUAGUUGAUAGGCAACCGGCAGUAACAGUGGCGGGUGAAUCCUCUCCAACAGAGGCUCACAUCGUGGCCACCCUGCCGUACGCCCGUCACGCCUUCUUACCCUCAGCUCCCAAUAUCCCCAAAUCUGCCACCGCCACUUGGGGCCACCUUAACAAAAACCUCAUGUGGAAGAACAUUUCUUUUAAAUCGUACUCCCGCGACUCCGGGCACGGUGGCUCCGAGCAAGAGGACUCGCCGAGGACGCACAACACCUUGACGUUGGGCCACUCGGGACGUAAUCGUAGCGCACGGGUCAUGAACGAGACCAACGAGAUCAGCGGCACGAGGACCACUGGCGGCGGGAUUGGCAGACGACCGCCGAUACCCUACAACAACACCUACACGGAGAUCAUCGACGGCCGUGCGAACGGUCCCGGUCAUCACCAGCUGCACGGUCAUCACGGCCAGCACGUGCACCUUCCGCGUGGGCUGGCGAACGAGGACGAUCCGGUUUACGAGGAGAUCGAGCGCGGUGGCAACGGCGGUGGCGAGAUUCAGGUGUCCGACAUGUCGGAUGAGGACGGCAGGAGGCAGAGCGACAUGAGCAGACAGUCCUCGAGGAGUUACGGGGAUCACAGGCCGCUGAUACCGUACUCGCCCGCCACGGAUAGGAACCUGGUGCACUAUGGACAGACCCUGACGGACCGUGGCGGCGGGAUCCACUACGACCCGUCGGAGUACAGCCCCGCGGAGCGGACCCUGAACGCUUGCUGGGAGAAGAUUCGCAAACAGCAGCGCGGCGAGCUACACCGUGUGCCCGCGAGCUACGGCAUACCGCCCCAGCAGGAUCACACGCGAACGGUGGCGGUCCUGGACGGCCACACCGUCGUCUGUCACCUCCAACCCCAGACGGACAUGUACACCGGCCGUGGAAUGCCACCACCUUCCUACAGCGAGUGUUAAGGCGUGUGUUCACGUGACAUUAAAGUCGUGGCGUUUUGAAGUAACGACCGGUGCGAUUCGCUGAUGUUUGACACGCAGUUAUCCGUGUCACGGCAUUUGUCGCCGCGAACAUUGGCUCGAAGUGAUGUGUGAUUUCGACCGGUACGUUUAGAGGGAAUCAUUUUUUGCCGUGGACAGUGAGACGUGCGUAGAUCCCGUGGAAACGUUUUGAGACGAGGAGUCUUUUUUAUUUAAUUGUUCUUCCAUGCUCUGAUCUUUUGGAGAUGUGCGACGCGUCGCGGGUAUACUAUACUUGUAUACUAUUCGACGGGGAAGGGUAAUAUAGCUCUGUUGGGACUCGAAGAGUUUGACUAUCAGGAGUAGGAUCGGAAGAUUCGCCACCGGGGACAAAUGUCGCGACAUUGUCGUGGCUCGAUGUCACGUGAACACGCAGCUUUAGGACGCGUCACCCGCGGCAGGAACCCGUCGUCUUCGUCUUCCCGCGCGAGGACGAACGCGGACACGCUCCUUGCCGUCGUCGACGUCGAUCGAGGAGUCCACGAACCCCGAGAGUGGUUCGUUCGCCACGAGUGGGCCCGCGAUAUGUGGGAGCAGCUCUCGGUCACCGAGGAUUUGGGAGACGUCCAACGUUUCCAGCCAUAACGAUCAAAAGCCCAGGCAACCUCUCCUUCGUUUCUGUUUUCUUCGCGAGGCCGCGGAGAACUCGACUACGACGGAUGCGUGUCCCGUCUCGAGUGCGUCGAUCGCCCGUUGAUUCAAUUCUCUAUCGAUAGAACUAAAUAGCGGACCUCUUGUUUAGAGUAAGUCGUCGUUGUACCGUCGAAGCUCACCAAGGUGAACGAUAAAACGUGACGAGUCCUCUUGGGCCACCGAGAUCCGACGGAGAAGACGCCGCUGGGGACGGCAACGAGGGACACGCAGUGGUGGCUAGCUAAUUGGGAUGCGUGGUUUUAAGAAACGGAUGUGACUUAUGUUUCGUGGGAUUGAUUUUUCGCAUAGACAGAGUGUGUUGAAAUAUAGACAGCCUUAUCAAUAUUCGUAUCCUCUACGUCUUUUAAAGAAGCUUGUCUAAAUUAAAUAAUAGGUUUGAUAUUUUUAAAUAAAUGUUUCGUUAUAAAUAUACAUGGAUAAACUUUACACUUGUAUAUAAUGAAAACUUUAUUUGGAAACAUCAAACCUAUCAUUUAAUUUAGACAAAUUCCUUCAAUAAACACAGAGGGUACGAAUAUUUAUGGGACUGACUGUAGAUGAACAUUCUACUUAGUGUUGCAUAAUAUGAAUUGCAAACAUUUAAAUUUAAUAUUUUACACUAAACCUACCACAGAAGAUCAAAGGACCGUUUUCAGAAUUUUUUGUGGUUUCUUGUAUAAAAUAUAUAAAUUAUACUCAAUUGUUUCAUGUUUCAUUCAUUUCAUAUAUUAUUCAAUUUAGUAACACGUGAAAUAUCUUUGUAUUGAAUCGAAAAGGGUGUCUUUAAGACGCGUCAUUUAAUCGAUCGAGAUAGAAAUAGGUACCAAUAAAAUGGUAGGUUUAGCGUCAACUUUGUUGUCUUUCAUCACAGACCAAACCAAAUCUUCAUAAUACAGAUUAAUAUAGAGAUAUUAUUAUUAAUACUAUGUCCUUCUGACGAGUAACUUGAACCCAUGAAUGACGUAUCGAGUCAAUUAACCUCGAGCACGCUUCUAGACUUUUUACAUAGGAUCCAUCGGAAUUGAAAUCCCUACUGCGUUUAUAUACUCACCUUGUAAGUUAAACAUGCGAAAAAUCCAACGUACGAAAUGUCAGUAACGUUUGCUUUAUGAACUACGAAACUUAAAUAGCUAACCCCCACCGUUUCCACCGUGAGAUCAGGAAAGGAAAUUCUUGACGAAAUGCACGUCCUUCCACCUGUUUCCUCGGAGCUAAACCUGGCGCGUGUCGCAGCGGAGGAAUCCUCCUCGAUCGUCGAUGCCCGGCCGCCUUCGUUAACGAGAACCAGCGGUCGAAGGACCGUGGUUCAGGAAUGAAUCAGCAGACAUAUCGACAUGGGGCUGGGGAAGAUGGUUUCAUCGACACGCGUAAGGGAAGUUCCCUCGUUAACGGGGCCGUGGCGAUCGACGAGGCUCCGAUCUUGAUCCCCGAUGGGAAUCGGCGACGACACGAUAAAGGGAUCCGUAGCUUGCUUCUGCUUUUUAACUUCUCGCCACGACCGAUCGUGACGGCGACAGCGUUAGUGACAUAUCGCAAGACUGCUGGCCUCGCAGUCUGGGGAAACGAAGACCGUGUAACGUUUACUUAAUCGCAGUAUCGCAUUGUAUUUAGUGGUCGCAUCCGUAGAUGGUUACUCUUUCGAGUCGAAAGUAUCGCGACGCGAGUACUGAAAACGGCGACGAUGUCGUCGCGUAACGCGGGAUAGAUCCUCGAGUUCCACGAAAAUUGAAGAGAACGUGCCCAUUCCGCGAGUCUCGAUGGGCGAUGGAAAAAGGAUACGGGAGGUUUCCUCGAUGGGAAGGAGAAAGGGAAACACGGAAAAACGCAGGGCAACGGCUAGAGUACCUUUAUCGGUCGUCCCAGCCAGCUCUCCUCAUUGUACAUUGCUUUGGAACGUUACGUUUUAGUCCCAGAAUGUUAUUUUUAUAAAUAAAUAAAAAAAAUUAUAUAUAUAUAAAUGUAUAUGUAUGUAUACAGUAACGAUAUUAUAUAUAUAUAUACAUAUAUAUAAAAAAACGCGAUGAGUGAAAAGUGUGUGCGGAAAGAGCUGUACGGAGCAGGUAUAUAUAUAUAUAUAUAUGUAUGUAUGUAUAUCUAUAUAUACAUAUAUAUUCAUAGUGAUACAAAGCGAUUUUCCGAGCGACGUUGGAAAAAGCGAAGAAAACUUAGUCACUGUUUUUUACUAUUUUUUAAAAAACAAAAAGGUAUGUGUCGUAACCGCGUAAUCUAAUGUGUAACUAAGGGAACCCGCGCGCUAUUUAUUUUUUAUCAUCCGUGAGUGUUAUCUAAUGUAUAAUUAGCGAUCGUGUUUUUUGGGGGGAACGACGAUCGGGUGACAGACGCGGAUCCCUGGAUCGUUGCGUUCGGAAUGGCGAAAUUCUAUGCUUGCAAGAUGACCCUUCGUCGACGAGUGGAAGAACCGUACUCCGGGAAUGGACACCGAGAUAUCGAGUAGCUCGGUGUUCCUCUCGGGCCGAUGUGACUGGGGGAAAGAUGUGUUGGGUUGAUUAGGUUCCAUGAGGAGAAUCUGGGUCAAACCACAGACGUAACCACUUUUCGUACGAUAAUUUGCACCAUUGUUUGUAGGUCUCAGCGAUACUUCAGGGGUUGAGGCUAUAGUAACGUAAGCUUUUUAAAAUAUUGACUCGCGUGGGUAUAUGCAUUCUAUCUAUGCAAGUUCGUUAAAAGAAAAAGUUUCUCGAAAUGGCUUGUACCACUAUACGUCACCUCCUCGAUUGUACAGUAUAUGGAGUUCGUCUUUUUUCUAAAUAAUUAGUACAACGUUGUGCUACUGUUUUAAUGAUAAGAGUUAAAAGCCAUCGUUGCCAGUCACAAAUUAAAUACUAAGGUAUAACGUUAAUAUCCUUUAAUACCGAAGGGAUAAUUGUUUUUUUUUUUUUUUUUUUAAAUAAAUUAUAUAAUAUCAUAAGGCAUACGUGGUAGAGUAACAACUCAGGGCUUUAAAGAUCUAGUCCUUAAAAGGAAUCCCUCCAAGCCAGUCCUGAACUGCUUGUAGUCGAGGCUUGUCUUGGCGCUCUAUAUCUUCUUCAAAGUCACUCUAUUCGUACCAUCGACUGUACGAUAAAACGUUAAGUCUGUGGGUCCUAUGGAUCGCGUAUAGAUCACAAUGGUCCAAGAUAACCGAAGGCACAAGUGCUUGCAUCCGGACGCAUGUGCGAACGUGCGCCAAGGUUCGAGCGCACGUGCUUUCGGCCUCCUCUGUCCUUCAACUCGAUCUUUCACCAACCUCCCGAGCUAUUUUCACUCCUGAGAUCGUAGAAGGAGUUUAAGCGAAUUCAACAUAGUCUUUUCCUCGGUGCAACAGCGUUUACACAUCGUUUUAUUUAUUUCUCCGCUCAGCCGAACCGGCCGUGAUCUUUCUCUCCGGCAAAUCGUACGUUAAGGCGACUAAGUCUAUAGGCGAAUUAUAAAAGAUAGCGAUAAUCAGCGUUAAGAGUACCACCUAUAUUUAGUGUACGAAAACGUUUCCUCCGAUUAUUGCGCGAAACGUAAUUUUGCUCAUUCUGGCACCGCGGGAAACCCGUUCGCGGUAUCUUGGUUCCAAUAGACCCUUCGCACAAGCGUAGCGAGAACAGAACAAGCAUCCGGCGAGAGCCGUCUUUGUCCACGGUGUUAAGGUAGAAAGGGAGUAUCGUUUACAAGUCACGAAAAUUCUACCGUCUCGUUUCCGUAUACGUAGCUACAGUACACGAUCGUCGCGCACCGUCGCCACCUAAAAAUCGCACGACGAGUUCAAAAAAUCCUUUUCGCAACGUUUUUUUUCGUUAUACUUUUACAUUCCUUGUCGUACGAAGCGACUAGCUAGACAGUUUUUUGGGUCAAUUAGAGCUACGCGCGAGAAAGACCGACGCGACAGACGGUAUCGAGCCUGUAGAAGUAAAUCGAGGAUAAGUUGAUUUACUCGUAGAUUGCUCAGAAGUGAAAUGAACACCAGAGAUGGGCAAAGUUUGUUACGAUGAUAACAAUGUAUAGCGAUUUAUUGACGAUGUUUAUUUGCGACACCGUAUGAGAAUAAACGAAUAAAGAACAUUUUGGUCAAUGUGGCCAUUGACAGUAGAAAUUGUUUAUGCUGCGUUCUUCGAAUCGAAACACUUACGAAUAUCGGAGAUGGUUUGCCUAUUGGAUGAAGCGGCAUUGAUUGUAACACGGUUCCGUUCUCUCGAUACGAUAUGUAAUGUCAAAUUCUGACUUUAUUUCACCCAAUAACGAAUAAAAUGUUAUUCUUUUUUUUUAAAUUCUUCAUUUUAGAUUAUUAUUUAGAUAGAAAUUCUGCCUAUCUCUGGUGGACACCUCGAUACCCAGAAUCCUCGUACGUCGCCCACGAGUCUAAGAAACGAUCGCAAAACGCCACGUUGCGCGACGACGAUCUCUUUUUAACUAUUUAAGGUUUCGAUUGUUCGACACGCGCUCGAGUGAACGCCAAUCACUGGGCGCAAGUUUCAGCGACCAGUUUCUAUAAUUUUUGUUGCCAGCGCCGGAUCAGGAGUGUGUAAACCCCUGGGCUACUAAAACUGCGAACGUAAUUUCGAUUACGCUCUUCGACAAAUAUAAUUCUUACAUAAAAUGAAAGAAAUAGUUUAAAAAUGUUCUAAUACCGUCAAUUUCAUUAUAAGUCAAAUUAAAACAAUUUCCUGCAAAGUAGCCCAAGAGGGUUAAUAUCUAGGGGUCCCUCCAGCUGUGAAGGCUGCUAGGCCCUGAUUUUUUGCGAAAGGUCUUGCCCACCAAAACGACUACUGCCAGAUAGAAUCGUAAACGCAGCCACAUUCCAUCCGUUCGACUUAUCGUAAUCGAAAGAGACAAAAGGGGACGAAAGGUGUACGAGUCAAGUAGACGGGGACAAACCUCGAGCGCACUGUGCCUGGCGACUAGGGGAGGGGCCACCGAUUUACGAUUUGCUGCGUGUCGUCGUCGUCGUGGUACGUUUUGUUUUCCCAAAUUUCGUUCGAAUCGAUAACCGGCGCAACCGGCGGGCCACUGAAGAAAAUGGAAAAAGAAAAGAGAGAAAACGGAGGACACACACUGUAACGUCACGCCUCUCCGAAGAUUUGUCGCGUGUGAAGCGGGGUUAGAGAGCGUUUAUCGUCGGGAAACACUCGAAGCAAGGUGUACAUAAUGUAAAUAGGGCUUUGUACAUGUUGAACACUUGUAAUUGUAAAUGGAAAAACGCGCGGCAAGAGAGAUAAGAGUGGAAGAGAGCGCGCAAGAGCGAAAGGGUGAAAAUAGAGAGAGAGAGAGAGAGAGAGAGAGAGAGAGAGAGAGAGAGAGAGAGUGUUACGUGUGCAUGAGAUGAGACGAGGUUAAGAGAUUGGGGAGACGACCCCCAAACGAUUAAUGUGAACAGAAAGGAAAAAUACACUAGAUAAGACAAGUUACUAGUAAGUAGUGAAUAUUACAGUGACUAUUAAUCGUGAUGGCGAAUGCGUGAGGCGGUUAACUUAAGUCCCAAGCGUAAUUAGUUAAUGUGUACAUAAAUUAAGCGAGAAAGUAAAAUAUUAAAUGAAAGCCCAAGUAAUCAUUGGAUAUUUAUAACGACUCCACUAAAGAGACAUUUAAGAGCACAAAUAAAUGGAAAGAGAAGAGUAGGUCUGAGAGAACAUGGGGACACGCGAAACGAGAGAAAGAAACCACGAGACUCGAAAGAAACACUUGUAUGUGCGUUUAGUAUACCGUUCGCGAGAGUAACGUUUAGGGGAAACGAUCGAGGAAGCGAAUGUGAACAUGCGAGAGGGUUGAAGCAAUGAGAAUAAGAUGGAAAUGUGCAACAAUUAAUCAGAUGGACAGAUAUACAAUGCAUGUUUUAUCCUUA